AUUCCCAGAAUUAAAAAAUUCCUAAAAUUUUGAAUAUUCAAUUAUUCAAACCACCAUGAAUGACUACCUAUCUUGACAGAAUAUAUAUAAAACAAGACAUCACCUUUUUCCACAAGAAUGAAACUGCAUUCUUUCUCAGCCAUUGUUGAAUUCCACAGCUCUCUGAGGCCAUCUUCCUGCUCAUAAACAAAGAAGAGAGAGGGGGGGGAUGGAUGCGGGUGACCUGUACAGAGCGAGUGGUAGCUUGAGAUCAAGCAGCAAAGGAGGCGAAAGCUUCAGGGCAAGCAGCUCGGGCAUAUGGAGGAACACCGGGUUGGAAGUGUUCACGCGAUCAGCGCGUGAGGAAGAUGACGAGGAGGCCUUGAAGUGGGCUGCGCUCGAGAAGCUGCCCACGUUUGAUCGCCUGAGGAGAGGCUUGCUGCUCGGGUCCAGAGGCGCCAACGAGGUUGAUGUGCAUGAUCUUGGAAUCCAGGACAAGAAGCAGCUCAUUGAGAGGCUGGUGCAAACUGUGGAAGAUGAUAAUGAGAAGUUCUUGUUAAAGCUCAGAAACAGGAUUGACAGAGUCGGGAUCGAUAUUCCAACUAUAGAAGUAAGGUAUGAACAUCUGAAUAUCGAUGCAGAAGCCUUUAGUGCAAGCAGGGCUCUGCCUACUUUUGUCAACUUCCACAAAGAUCUGGUUUCGGGAUUCUUUAACAUGCUACACAUACUUCCAAGUGGAAAGAAGCCUUUUACAAUUCUUAAGGAUGUCAGUGGAAUUAUCAAACCAUGCAGAAUGACUUUGCUGUUAGGUCCUCCAAGUUCUGGGAAAACUACACUUUUGCUCGCUUUGGCCGGAAAGCUUGAUCCGGCACUCAAAGUUUCGGGUAGAGUCACUUACAAUGGUCACGAAAUGCAUGAGUUCGUACCUCAAAGAACUGCAGCAUACAUAAGCCAGCAUGACCUGCACAUUGGAGAAAUGACUGUCAGAGAAACCUUGUCGUUUUCAGCCAGAUGCCAGGGCGUUGGAUCAAGAUACGAUAUGUUGGCGGAACUGUCAAGAAGAGAAAAAGCAGCAAACAUCAAACCAGAUCCUGAUGUCGAUAUCUACAUGAAGGCAGCAGCUACAGAAGGAGAUGAAGCAAAUGUUGUCACGGAUUAUAUUCUUAAGGUUCUGGGGCUUGAAAUAUGUGCCGACACAUUAGUCGGAGACGAGAUGAUAAGGGGUAUUUCUGGAGGGCAGAAAAAGCGUGUGACGACUGGAGAAAUGCUGGUUGGCCCAGCGAAGGCGCUUUUCAUGGACGAGAUAUCCACUGGUUUGGAUAGUUCAACAACUUUCCAGAUUGUGAAUAUGCUUCGACAAUAUGUCCACAUUAUGAAAGGAACUGCGUUUAUCUCCCUGCUGCAGCCAGCACCCGAGACCUAUAAUCUGUUUGAUGACAUUGUUCUCUUGUCCGAUGGCCAGAUCGUCUAUCAGGGUCCUCGAGAAAAUGUGUUAGGCUUCUUCGAGUCCAUGGGUUUUGUAUGCCCAGCACGGAAAGGAGUGGCUGAUUUCUUACAAGAAGUAACUUCAAAGAAAGAUCAAAAGCAAUACUGGGGAAAUAAGAAUGAGGCAUACCGAUAUGUCGCAGUUAGUGAAUUUGCAGAAGCCUUCCAAUCAUACGUCGUUGGACGGAGAGUUGGGGAUGAGCUCGCAGUCCCAUUUGAUAAGACCAAAAGCCACCCUGCAGCUUUGACAACGGAGAAGUAUGGGAUUGGGAAAAAGGAACUUUUGAAAGCCUGCGCUGAAAGAGAAUACUUGCUGAUGAAGAGAAACUCAUUUGUCUUCUACUUCAAGAUCUUCCAGCUUACUACGAUGGCAUUGAUUGCGAUUACACUCUUUCUGAGAACAGAGAUGAGUAAAAAUGAUGUAGCAGGCGGGGGUGUAUACACCGGUGCUCUGUUUUUCACUGUCAUUAUUGUUAUGUUCAAUGGUAUGUCCGAGCUUGCUAUGACGAUUUACAAGCUACCUGUAUUCUACAAACAAAGGGAUAUGUACUUCUUCCCGCCGUGGGCAUAUGCUCUACCCUCGUGGGUCCUGAAAAUCCCCGUGACCUUCCUCGAAGUUGCUUUAUGGGUAUUUGUCACCUACUACGUGAUUGGAUUCGAUCCAAACAUUACAAGGUUAUUGAAGCAGUACUUUCUCCUUUUAUUUGUGCACCAGUCAGCAUCCGGAUUGUUCAGAUUUAUUGGCUCAGCCGGUAGGAAUAUGAUCGUUGCAAACACAUUUGGUCUAUUCGCACUGCUCCUGCUUUUCGCCUUGGGUGGUUUUGUCCUAGCACGAGGGGAUGUGAAGAAAUGGUGGCUAUGGGGCUACUGGUCCUCUCCAUUGAUGUAUGCUCAGAAUGCAAUUCUGGUUAACGAAUUCACAGGGCAUAGUUGGAGCAAGGUAACUAACUGCCCUCAUCAAUCUUUAUGGUUACACGAUAUCCAAAGUAAUCGAGAUACUGUCGUUUUACAGCUGAUAAAUGGGACCAAACUGGGAGUUCUUGUUAUGGAGUCGCGAGGGUUCUUCCCUGAACAAUAUUGGUAUUGGAUCGGGGUAGGGGCGUUGUUUGGAUUCGUAUGGCUAUUCAACAUCCUCUACCUAAUAUGUUUGACAUUUCUUGGUGCUUAUGACAAACCUCAAGCUGUCUUACCCGAAAAUGUCCAAGAUGAUUCCCAAGUGCAUGGGGACGGCGGGCGGAGAAGCAUCUCGUCUGGAUCUUCGUCCGUGAGAUCCGAUGCCAUCGAACUCACAGAGAACAAGAAAAAGGGAAUGAUCCUUCCAUUUGAACCGCACUCUCUCACAUUUGAUGACGUCAGUUACUCAGUGGACAUGCCUGCGGAAAUGAGAGCUCAGGGAGCCACAGAAGACAAACUGGAGCUGUUAAAGGGCGUCAGUGGCGCUUUCAGACCUGGUGUUCUUACAGCCUUGAUGGGUGUCAGUGGGGCUGGUAAAACCACAUUGAUGGACGUGCUAGCUGGAAGAAAAACUGGUGGUUAUAUUGAGGGAGAUAUCAGAAUAUCAGGAUACCCAAAGAAUCAGGCCACGUUUGCUAGGAUAUCGGGAUAUUGUGAGCAAAACGACAUCCAUUCCCCAAACGUCACAGUUUACGAGUCCCUUGUUUACUCAGCUUGGCUGAGAUUGCCCCAAGAAGUUGAUGAAAAAACUAAAAAGGUAUUCGUUGAUGAGGUAAUGGACCUUGUAGAACUCACCCCCUUGAGAGAAGCACUAGUUGGGUUGCCGGGAGUCAGUGGCCUCUCAACCGAGCAGCGGAAAAGGCUUACCAUAGCGGUCGAACUCGUUGCGAACCCUUCAAUCAUAUUUAUGGACGAGCCGACUUCAGGGCUUGAUGCCAGAGCUGCUGCAAUUGUGAUGAGAACAGUGAGAAACACAGUGAAUACAGGAAGAACAGUAGUGUGUACCAUUCAUCAGCCUAGCAUCGACAUAUUUGAAGCAUUUGAUGAGCUAUUUCUGAUGAAACGAGGAGGGGAAGAGAUAUACGUUGGACCGUUGGGCCGUCAGUCGACACACUUGAUCAACUACUUUGAAGCAAUUGAUGGAGUGCCGAAAAUCAAAGACGGUAUCAAUCCAGCUACCUGGAUGUUGGAAGUAACAACUUCAGCACAAGAACUAUCUUUGGGGAUUGAGUUUGCCGACUACUACAAAAAGUCGGAGCUAUACACGAGGAACAAGGCCCUCAUCAAGGAAUUAAGUGUCACUCGUCCUGGCACGAAAGACCUCUACUUCCCGACUAAAUACUCCCAAUCUUUCCUCACCCAAUGCAUUGCUUGCCUAUGGAAACAACAUUGGUCAUACUGGAGGAAUCCGCCGUACACAGCUGUUAGGUUUUCAUUCACAACCUUCAUAGCCAUUAUAUUCGGGUCGAUGUUCUGGGACCUCGGGUCUAAAAGAGAGACACAACAAGAUCUGUUCAACGCCAUGGGUUCUAUGUAUGCCGCUAUCAACUUUCUAGGCUUCCAAUACGGAUCAACAGUACAACCUGUGGUUGCCAUCGAGCGAACUGUCUUCUACAGAGAGAGAGCAGCAGGAAUGUAUUCAGCAUUACCAUACGCAUUCUCACAAUUCCUCAUCGAAAUUCCUUACGUCUUUGUCCAAUCCCUCAUCUACGGCGUCAUAGUGUUCUCGAUGAUGGGAUUCCCCUGGAGUGCCCAGAAAUUCGCAUGGUUCAUAUAUUUCCUUUUCUUCUCAUUGCUCUACUUUGUCCUCUACGGUAUGAUGACCGUGGCCGUCACACCAAACCACAACAUCGCCGCCAUUGUUUCUUCCUUCUUCUACGGCAUCUGGAAUCUCUUCUCAGGAUUCAUCAUACCCCGACCUAGUAUGCCUGUAUGGUGGAGAUGGUACUACUGGGCUACCCCUGUGUCCUACACACUAUACGGCUUCAUAGUAUCUCAAUUUGGAGAAAUCGAGACAGAGAUGGACAGCGGUGUCACAGUGAAACAGUUCUUGAAAGAUUACUUUGGAUUCGAGCACGAUAUGCUCGGGGUUGUGGCAGCUAUACUAUGUGGAUUUGUGGUUCUUUUCACAUUCAUCUUCGCCUACUCUAUCAAGACAUUCAACUUCCAGAGGAGAUGAACGACUGUUAUCAAGAGUUUAGAGAUUUUGUACAUUAUAUUUCUUUAUUAACGCAAAAUCAUGCUUUUCCAAUAUGGAUUCUAGUUCUUAUGUAUUCUCAUUUGUCAUCAACGGAUCCAAGUGUUUAUGUCAUCUAAAUAUUCAUUUUGGUUGCAA